AGACACUCAUUAAGUCACUCCAAUUGUGUGUCAGUACCCAAACCACUACUAUGGCCAAACAAAACCAACUCUCAUUCCUCACAUCAGCAACUCUUUUGGUCGUUAUAGUUUCUGUUUCGGAAACGCUUUGUCGCCCUCUUGGAGAGGAAAACUUGUUAAAGCAACAUGAGGAGUGGAUGGCAAUCCAUGGGCGCGUCUACAAGGGCGCGGCCGAAAAGGCCAAACGGUAUGAGAUAUUUAAAGACAACGUUAAGCGCAUCAACGCCUUUAACAAUGGUAAGGACGUCGGGUAUAAGUUGUCCGCAAACAAAUUCACGGACCUAACCAACGAGGAGUUCCGCGCUUCCUACACCGGCUACAAGAGGAGUCCCACCAGUGUCCUGUUCUCUGUGGAUGCGAAACCAUUCAAGUACGCGAACUUCACCGCCACUCCAGCCGCCUUGGACUGGCGAGCCAAGAAGGCCGUGACGUCUGUCAAGGAUCAAGGCGAGUGCGGAAGUUGUUGGGCAUUCUCGGCAGUGGCGGCUAUGGAAGGGAUUACCAUGCUCAGGAAGGGGAAGUUGGUGCCACUCUCGGUGCAACAACUCGUGGAUUGUGACGUUAACGAUGAAGGCUGCAGGGGCGGGCUCAUGGACAGAGCUUUUGAGUUCAUCAUAAGCAAGGGCGGCCUCACGACCGAGGCAAACUACCCUUACCGGGGAGACAUGCGGACCUGCAACAAGGCCAAGACGGCAAACCACGCGGCCUCGAUAACUGGAUACCAGGACGUGCCGGCCAACAAUGAGAAGGCCCUCUUGCAGGCCGUGGCGAACCAGCCGGUCUCAGUGGCAAUCGAGGCGAGCGGGUUCAAUUUCCAAUUCUACUCAAGUGGCGUGUUCACGGGCUCGUGCGGCACUAGCAUCGACCACGCGGUCACGGCGGUUGGGUAUGGGAAGACCUCUGGCGGGACCAAGUAUUGGCUGCUGAAGAAUUCGUGGGGCACCGGCUGGGGCGAGAAAGGGUACAUGAGGAUCCAGAGGGAUGUGAGCUCUAGGACUGGUCUCUGUGGUCUUGCCAUGAAUGCUUCUUAUCCAACUGCAUGAAGAAAAAAGAAGAUGAAAAUAUAAAUUUUGAGCUUAUAUAUGUCAUAUGGUUCUUAGGCUCUCUAUAAGUACGAAAUGAUGUCUAGUGUCUCUGUAAGAGAAGCAAGUUUAAGUAACAAUAUGUCACUAGGGGUGGUGUGUCCUACAACAAAAACUGUAUGUUGUUAGCAAAAUUAAGGGCCUGCCAAGUUCUACCAAGAACAUUUUCUAGUGAAUAAAUGAAAUAGUUCAGCGUGAUUUUACGUACUGAACUGUGUCCAA